AUGUAUUACAAAAAGUUUGAACACUAUAUAAUAUUCCGUUUACUAAAAUAUUUGGCUAUGAUACUGUAUGUGAGUGCGAGACCGACGGACAUUGAAGAGACCAAGAUAUUCACCAACAGCCAAUUAGCAGAUUUGGCGGCAGGCGUGUGUUCCGAUAUGGAGUUUAAUAUAAACGUGAGUGAGGAUACCUGCAAAAACAACUUCUGGGCUCCUGACCCUAUGGUACCAGAGUUGCCCUCGCCAGUGAAGAUACGAUGCCAGACCAGCCGGAGCAUCAGGUUCCAGAUAGAGCCCUCACACAACUGGCAGCUGGUGGCGUUGGUCCCACAGCUGAACGACGACCAAUCUGAUAUGGACUAUAUAGACUACACCCUUGUUGCACCGGACACUGAAUUUGAAGAGUUAAGUACAACACCUCAAAGAAACUACACUUUAUGGAGUGCCAUACUCAAGGAAGGCGCCCCUUUAAUAUGGCUGGGAGGCGACGAAGUGCCUGUCUACAACAAAUCAAUGUUACCUAGUCCCAGAAACUAUAGCAUACAGUACCAAUUUUACGCUGAUGUUGGGGAAAAACUAGGUGUAAAUGCAUCAUUCACAUGGAAUACUACUGGUGAUGGCGACGCAUGCUUUCAAGUAGUGAACAAUUGUCAAGAGACUGGAUCAAGUGAUAAGAAAGUUUUGCCGAACAAGCGUAAUGAAUGGCCUCAAAUCACUUUUGAUAAGUUGUCGUUCAACGAUAGAUGCGAGAUUAAAGUUACGGGGCUGUUCGGGACUACCACGUUACCUUACCAUACGCCCUCGUCUACGGCUACACAUGGUAAGUUCUCUUUCCUCUAUAUGUUAUACUUUUUUGGACGGAUAGCCGGAUUGAAAAACUGUGCGACGUGUCGCAUGCUAAUUGCCGCAUGUGCAACCCACCCAGACCCAAGACAGAUCAGGCUUUAUUGGAAAAUGCUUGUUUUGUCUUGUGUCUGGGGCACAACAAAGACAAGUCAUUACAAGUUCUCCAGUUGGAAACGGAUCGAAUGGCGGAAUGGUAGGAUUCCUAUAAAUACUCGUAUGUGUAAGACAUUUUAUCAAAUAACUAUGUUUUUUUUAGUAGCACGUAAACUACCAGAUAUACCUGGGAACGUCUACAUAGAGGCGAGCGAGGACAGCGCCACCACGUGGCAGGUGCGCGUCAAGUGGUCGGCGCCGGCGCAUCCCCCCGACACUUAUAAUGUCACGCUACGCACGGACACGACCCACUUGUUAGUCUUGCCUGGGAAUGUAACUGAGGCGAUCUUCAAUGAAGUAGUAGGUGAAAGUCACAGAAUGUACAACGUGUCUAUAUACGCAAGUCUUGGGAACCUCACCGCUCACACAUUCAGACGUGCUUUAUUCCCUGGCAGAAGAAGCGCCGGCAGCGGGGGCGCGGGGGGCGCGGCCGUGGGCGCGGCCUGCGCAGGCGCCGCCGCGCUCGCGCUACUGUGUCGCUGUCGUAGGCGACGACGACACAUCUCCGUGCCGCCAUACAAACCGGACGACAAGCCAGCAAAAGACGGUACAUCUGAAGUCCCAGAGGUGUGGAGCGAGUCGGAGGACCAGUGGGAGAUGCGCGCGGACCGGCUGCGGCUGCACGAGGUCAUCGGCGAGGGAGCCUUCGGAGUCGUGCGGCGGGCCACGCUCGCGCCGAACAACCUACACGUCGCUGUUAAGAUGCUCAAAGAUUUCCCAUCGGAAGAAGAGGUUAGGUCGUUCCGGUCGGAGAUGGAGCUGAUGAAGAGUGUGGGCGCGCACCCGCACCUGGUGAGCCUGCUGGGCUGCUGCAGCGGCCGCCGCCCGCUGAUCGUAGCCGAAUACUGCAGCCGCGGGGACCUGCUCAGCUACCUCAGGCGUACCUGGGAUGUGAUGUUAUCCAAACGACACGCAAAGUACUAUAACAACAAUAUUGACACCUCGGACUAUAGAAACGACUUGUUCAAAUGCAAGUCACAGAUGGACAGCAAACUGGUCGUGAACAAACUUUACGACAUCCAAGAAAUAUGUGAUACAGACCUUACGGCGUUAGACCUCUUGUCUUUUUGCCGGCAGAUAGCUAUGGGCAUGGAGUUUUUAGCAGCGAAUAGAGUAGUACAUAGAGAUCUAGCAGCUAGAAAUGUAUUAGUAACAGCAGAUAGAACAUUGAAAAUAGCAGAUUUUGGACUUUCAAGAGAUGUGUAUGAGGAGAAUCAGUAUAAACAGAAAGGCAAUGGUAAGAUGCCGGUCAAGUGGAUGGCGCUCGAGUCUUUACAAAGAAGGAUAUACACGACGCAGAGUGAUGUAUGGUCCUUCGGCGUGGUGGUAUGGGAGAUAGCGACAGUGGGCGCGGCGCCGUACGCCGGGGUCGCGGGAGCGCGCCUGCCGCGCCUGCUGCGGUCCGGGUACCGCAUGCCCCGACCUGUCAACUGCAGCCCUCUACUCUACGACAUAAUGCUGUCAUGCUGGCGCACCGCCCCUCGCGAGCGCCCCACCUUCGCGGCGCUGCACCAGCGGCUGGACGAGCUGCUCAACAGCGCCUGCGCGGACCACUACCUCUCGCUGGAGAUCGAUGCGGACGACGCCCCGCCCACGCCCAAACACUACCGAUAUAUUAAGAUGUUCAUCAGAGGCAAGCGCAACUGGACUCGAGGCGAGAACUACGAGCGGCCACUAAAGGCGCCGCCACCGCGCGCCAACCAUUACACGUCGCCGCCGGACCAGCCGCUAUGACGUCACAACACACUACUUAUACCGCCACACCUCGCUUAUAUGGCCCACCAUACAUUAGAUACUAUGUAACAUUGCCAGCAACCUUAUUCCGAAGAAAUAUGGUUGAUUUUUGCAAAUCAAUGUUGCCAUUUGACUAAUUUGUGGUGGACGCUCUUACAGUUUAGUCCUUGGUACGGGUUUGGAGUAAAAUUAUGCCCAUCCCAUUACAUGAGUCGACCAAUGAUUAAAGUCAUCGACGAAACUCUGACAAAGAUCUGAAAUACCUCGAAUAGACUAUAAUAUGUUGCUGUUGACUUAGUGAGUAGCAAAUACUUGUACUAUAAAAAAUUGGAUGUUAGAGUAACUGAAACAUCCAAAUGAGCAUACUGUUAAGCUGUGAUACUCAUAACAAUUCAUAAUAUUUAGUUUAUAACUCAAUCAGGUUGUACAGAAUGAUUUUCAUUUCGAAUUUUUCUUUCCUGUAAUUUUUCAACUGUUAAUCGAUGGAAGUAUGUGAGAUGUAUUGGAAAGUAUGUUGUUUAUUUAAAUAUGGACUUACAAUCAGUAGAUGAAUGUGAAUAAUGUAAAUAUAAGAUGCCAUGAAAAAAAAUGUAUAACAUAACAUAGGAAGCUUUUUGAAAAUACUUAUUUUUAGUAUCACUAAUUCGAUCUUCUCUUGUCGCAUGUAUUUCGCAUAUGAUAA